GAAGACUGCGCAUAGGAAGAAGGCCUACUCCGAUGGGUAUCUGGCGUUACAUCCUGACACACCUGACCCCAUUGCGGCGGAUCUGGACGAAAGGGUGGUGGUGGGCAUGGGGCCGAAGGAGCACGGUCGGGAGGCGGUUCUCGAUGCUGUGAUCACUCCUACUAUCUCCUACACACAGCUCCGUCGGAUCGACCCGACCCUGAGCCAGCGCACGAGCACGCCCAUGAGCAGUGCACCGUCACUGUCCCUCUUUCAGGAGCAGCAAACUGCCUACAUGGAGUACACACGCCAGGAGACCAUGGCGUGGCACGACCGCCUUCAUGCAUACCAUCAGCAGAGGGAUCGCCAGAUGCAGCACGCUUUUCAGCAAAUGACGGCCGGCAGGUGUCCUCAAUGGCCAUCAGCAGAGGGUCCUCCAGCACAACCAACGUUGCUGACCUUUGAGGAGUUUGUGGCACAGAACGCUGGCCCCUCGCCGGUUAGUUCAUCCCCAAUCUAUUCACUCAAAGCAUAUCAUGCCUUUCAACACAGUCAUAUAUCCCGUUAAUAUGUCUUUUCAACAUCCAGGGAACCGGUGGAUCAACCAUUGGCGGUGGUCUUUGCAGCACUCCCGAGUCACGGAGCCCGACCACUCCGAUCCAUGGAGGCGGAGGCGGAGGUG